CGAAAAGAAAAAAGAAACGGCUCACUACCAGGAGCCGGCUCCCGUCGUUCACGUCAAAGAGCCGGCUUGUUCGCGACCAACCCAUCACUAAUAGAAAGCCACCGGCGGAUGCGCAUCUUUCAGCAUGCGGUGACUGAGGCUGAGGCCUGAAGGCGCUGUUGGUCCGUUGGUGGAAGCAGGAGCAGGAAUCCAGCUUAGAUGAAGGAUGAAGAGCCCGGUGCACAGAUGUAGGGAUGUGGAGCACAGCCGGGGGCAGCCCGGGGCCGGAGGAGGAACCAGCUGCCUACAGGAGGAGCAGCGCAUCCCUAUCUCCAAAGAUGUCAUCACUUCCUCUUCUGCCUCGGCCAUGUGGUUCAUCAAGGAUGCCUGCGGCAUUGUGUGCGCCAUCAUCACCUGGCUGCUGGUGUUUUAUGCCGAGUUCGUGGUGCUGUUCGUGAUGCUGCUGCCCUCCAAGAACCUGAUUUACAGUAUUGUGAAUGGGACUCUGUUCAACACUCUGGCCUUCCUUGCCCUCGCCUCACACCUCAGGGCCAUGUGCACUGACCCUGGGGCAGUGCCAAAAGGGAAUGCUACUAAGGAAUACAUAGAAAGCCUUCAACUGAAACCAGGACAGGUGGUCUACAAAUGUCCCAAGUGCUGCAGCAUCAAGCCUGACCGAGCACACCACUGCAGUGUGUGCAAACGCUGCAUAAGGAAGAUGGACCACCACUGUCCCUGGGUCAACAACUGUGUCGGAGAGAACAACCAAAAGUACUUUGUGCUUUUCACAAUGUAUAUUGCGCUCAUUUCUCUUCACGCUUUGGUAAUGGUGGUCUUCCAUUUCCUCUACUGCUUUGAAGAUGAUUGGACAAAGUGCAGUACCUUCUCUCCUCCAGCAACAGUCAACCUCCUCAUACUCCUGUGCUUUGAGGGCCUCCUCUUCCUCAUCUUCACCUCUGUGAUGUUCGGCACCCAAGUCCACUCCAUCUGUACCGACGAGACCGGAAUCGAGCGGCUGAAGGGGGAGACGGGGAAGUGGGGGAAAGUGCCGUGUUGGGAGGCCAUGCAGAUGGCAUUCGGAGGCCCCUUCUCCCUGUCCUGGUGCAGCCCUUUUACAGGGUUGAGCUGCAAGAAGAGCCCUCAGGACCUUGUCAGCGUCCCCCAGGGAGAGAUCAUCGAGGAGGAUGUCAUAGAGAUCCCAUUCAACUAGCACCACCUGCUGUGGAAAGCAUUAAUUGCAGUCUUGCAGGGCUUUACAAGCACAAGAUGGUUUUGAAUUUUUUUUUUUUCCUAAAUGUUGAAAAACUG